GUAACUUAACGAUCCUUUUCAUCUCUGAAACCCAGGCGGAGAGAGCGAGCUACAGCAGACUAGAGAGUGUUGAAAGUUGAGAGAGAUGUUAUCUGCAAUGAAAUUGCAUGUAUCAAAUCCCACGAUAACAUCUCUAAAUAAAACCAUUGAUGCUCAACGUAAGAUAAUCUCCAUUAAAAACACUCAAAAUCAUAUCUCGUUUCAACCAUUAACAAAUCUUAAUAAUAACAACAAUCAGUCCUCCAAGCUUCUUCAAAUUUCUUCAAUUUCACUUCAAUCGGAGUCACCUUCUCAACUAACCUCAUCCAUUGGAUCUCCAUCAUCAUCAUCUGUUCCAGUUAUUCAAUUAAACCUCACUAAUCGUCAUAUCUUGGUAUUAAAUGCCAUUGCUUGUCUGGCAGCGGUGUCGACGUGCUGGCUAUGUUUCUCUGCGAUUCCAGCGCUUUUGGCAUUUAGGAGAGCUGCUGAGUCUAUAGAGAAGCUACUUGAUGAUGCUAGAGAGGAACUUCCGGAUACAAUGGCUGCUGUUCGCUUAUCUGGCAUGGAGAUAAGUGACCUAACAAUGGAGCUCAGUGAUCUUGGACAGGAGAUAACACAGGGUGUUAGACGAUCCACCAGAGCUGUUCGUGUUGCCGAAGACAGGAUUCGUAGUUUUACAAAUAUAAAGCCAACUGCACUGAUUCAGGAGCAAGCCAGUCAACAAACUAAAACUACGGGACCACCGUUAGCUACAAAUGUGAGGGGCGUCCGCGAGGGGAUUGUGAAAGGACGUCAAAUUUUACAGAGUUUCUUUAGUUUCACUCAGUUUUCUAAGAUGGCCUUAACUUAUUUUGCCAUGCGAGGAAAGAAGCCAUGAGCAACUGAUUCAUGUAUCUACUUCCUCUCCAUCUAUCACAGCAGAAAUCAAAGGGUACGGUCAUUGCGCCAUGUUGCCAGAGGAAAAGAGAACGUCAAGUAGCAAACAUAUGUAUAAUUGUAAUCACCUUGCAGUUUUGCUGUCUGACCAAUCCAUGUUACAACAACAGCAAUCACAACAGUUGAUGUACGCAGUAGCAUGUACAGUACAACUCUUCAUGGUUGUUCCUGACAUUUGUUCGGUCACACAAUCAGAUCUUUAUAGUUCGAUUAACUGUUACCAUCUCUCCAGUCUUUGAUUUUGUUGGACUAGUGGGUUUAGGCGUCUAAUCUCGAAAGGAAUCCCUUUUUAUUCAGUCCUUCUUUCUCAUGUCAAUUCCUUUUUGUUUUGUUAAAUAAUUCAUGUGGUUAGGUAAUGGUGGCCUA